CAUAUCUUAAUAAGAUGGAUAUGACCAAUGAUGAACGACGGAUAGAGCUACUCAACUCUCAAGCUCACAUAUGGAACCACAUAUUCAACUUCAUAAACUCUAUGUCACUAAAAUGUGCAAUUCAACUAGGCAUACCAGACAUAAUCUACAAACAUGGCCGAGCCAUGCCUCUCUCGGAGCUCGUUGCAGCUCUUCCAAUCAACCAUUCCAAAGCCCAGUGUGUCUACCGCCUCAUGCGCAUCCUCGUGCAUUCCGGCUUCUUUACUGAGGAGAAGCUCUCCGAAAAUGCGAAGGAAGAACAAGACGGCUAUUUGCUCACACCGGCCUCUCGGCUCCUACUGAAAGAUGAGCCAUUGAGCGUCACCCCAUUUUUGUUGGCCAUGUUAGAUCCAAUCUUGACAAAGCCAUGGCAUCAUGUGAGUGAAUGGUUCCAAAAUGGCGAUCCCACGCCGUUUGACACAGCUCAUGGGAGGACGCUUUGGGAAUAUGGGCGACAUGAACCAAGGCUGAACCAUUUCUUCAAUGAAGCAAUGGCUAGUGAUGCCCGGUUAGUCACAAAGGUGCUUGUCAAGGACUGUAAGGGGGUUUUUGAGGACUUGCACUCGUUGGUUGAUGUUGGAGGUGGCACGGGCACAGUGGCAAAGGCCAUUGCUGAUGCUUUCCCAAACUUGAAGUGCACUGUGUUGGAUCUCCCACAUGUGGUUUCUGGCUUGCAAGGGACUGACAAGUUGAACUAUGUUGGGGGUGAUAUGUUUGAGGCUAUUCCUUCUGCAGAUGCAGUUUUACUAAAGGUAACGCUUUGUUUGUUUAGGUGAAGAUAUUUUUAAUAAAAAACAUUUUUUUAGAAAAUUUAAUUUUUAUAUAAAAAAAUUAUAAAAAAAAUAUUUUUUCAUGUUUGGCUACAACCUUGAAAUUAAACUAAUGUGCCAGUAUUUGUAUUAGUAGUCGUGGUGGAGGUAGAGGUGGCAUGGUGGUGGUGGUGGGGUGGUAGUUACGGUGAUUGUGGUGGGGGGGGCAGUGGUGGUUCUGAUUGUGGAGGUGGUGUGGCGGGGGUGGUGAUGGUAGCAAGUUAGUGAUGGUGGUGGUGGUGCGAGUGGUGAAGGGGAUGGCAAGGUGGUGUUAGUAGAAGUGGUGAAGGUAGUAAUGGUUGGAGUGGCAAAGGUGGUGGUAAUGGAGUUGGUGAUAGCAACAACUAUGGCAUGGUGGUUAGUAAUGAUGGGGUGAUGGUAUUACUAAGAUUUUAGUUCAAAAAAAUGUAUUUUCAUCGUUUAAAGUUAAUAUUUUUCUUCCAAAUAAGUUUGGUUUAUGUUGAAUUUUUUUUCGAUCUAACAAAAGUUGUCGGUGGCCGGCUGAUAGUGGUAGGUGAUGGAUGGAGGUAGUGAGAGAGCAAGGAGAGUGAAAGUUUGAUUUGAAAACAACUAAAACGACUUUUCUUUUUCUUUUUUCAAAAAAUUUUGAAAUCUACUCUGUUUUUUUUUUUAAUACGAAAAUAAUAUAUCAAACAAGUUUUCAUUUCCGGUUUUUAAAGAACAUAAUAAUAAUUGAAAACAAAAUUAGAAAAUGAAGGCAUUACAAAAAUAAAACUAUUUUCAAAUGUUUAAUAAUUAUUCUUGGACAAAAACAAAAACAACAUAAAAUCGAAGAAGGGGGCUUUGUUUUAUUUAAUAAUGUUACAAAUAAUAUUAACUAGUGUACCAAUUAACAUACAAAGUAGAUACAAUAUUAUGUGAGAUAUUAGUGUUAUUAGCAUUGCUCUAUUUUUCAGUUCCAUUUUCAUUUAUAUCUUUUAUGCGUCUGGCUCCUCUCCAAUUCGUAAUCAGAUUGAAGGGUAUUCUUCGGCCAUAAUGGGGCCCAAAUCCAAGCUCAUCUUGAUGAUCAAAACCGUUCAAUGUGUAGAACUUGUCGAGUAUAUCACUCCUCCAAAAACUCACAUUGAUUGAAUAUCGAUAGCCAUUUAAUUGAACCACAUUUCAGUCAACGACAAGUACGAUUUUAAAAAUAAAAUGUGGAUAAAAAUGUGAUCUGAUCAAAUGGUUAUCGAUAUCCAAUCAAGUUAAGUUUUUACAAGAAUAAUGUACUUGAUGAGUUUUACACAUUGAAUGAUUUUGAUCAUCGAAAUGGGCCAGGAUUUGAGCCCACCAUGGUCCAAUUGCACCCUCCACUUCGAUUGUGAACUGGAGAGGAGCUAGACUCGUCUUUUAUAAUCACAAUUUAAUGUGCAAAAAACUAGUAAUUGCCCUUCCAAAGGAGCACUGUUAUUCUAAUCCAAAUGAUGGUUCAAUUUUUUAAACUCAAUGACAUGACAAUAAAUUUAAAUAUCUAAGACAACACUUUAUCUAAAAAAAUUUCUAAUCAUUAACUAAUCAUAUCUCUUACAUAUCACUAAGUCUAAAAAAUAAGCUUUUAUAUCAUUUUUCCUUCGAAAAUUGAUGCUUACAAAAAUUGUGCUUGACAAGUAUAACAUCUUCAAUAACCUUUCUAUUUUUGCCUUCUUACGUAAGAAGAGAGAGUCAGAAUUUCAAAAUUCAUUUGAAAAUUCAUUUGAAACAAGUUCUCUACCCCACUCUUUAUUACUGGGGAACAAUGUUGUGUGUCCUAAAAUUCUUGCUAAAGGUAUAUGUCUAAACAUCAUUAGAUGUUCAAGUAUUAUUAUUUUUUUGACAAUAAAUUUUAUUUAAUCUCUCAUAUUUUUUAAUAAAAGUUUUAGUAUAUAUAGAAUUAUUCACUACUGGGUGCUUGGUUUAGGCUCCUUACAUAUAGAAGUGAAAACUCACUUUCUAUCCUACCCUUUAUCUUCAAUGUAUAUUAUUUUGGGUAUAAAUUCCUACUAAAAUGUAAAAUUAAAAUAGAGUCUAAAUUGAGAAGAGAAGUCCUUAUAACUGUUGAGAAUAUAACAUUAUGUAACCAAUAAAAUUACUAUCUUUCUAACAACUUAAAUCUUUAAAUGAGUUGGUGGUCAAUAACAUCACUAUAACAUAUAAGAGUUUUAGUAAUUAAACUUUUUUUUGUCCUUCGGAGUAAAAAUUUUGUUGCAAAAGAUGUUUAGGGAAGAAUUCUUGUUUUUACAAGAACAGUUGCUAAAAGAUCGUCUAAAAAUGUCAAACACAGGGCUUUAGUGACACAAUUUUAAAAAUAUCGCUAAUAAAUGUAUUGUAGGAACAAAAAAAAUUGAUUCCAAAAGCGUUUAUUUUUUAUUCAAAAAAUAUUAGUCCCAAAAGAAUAAUAACUCAUCAUUAAUUUCUAAAUUUUGUUGCUAAAAGUACAAUAAUGACACUUCUUACAAGUUGAUUUUGUCUUUAAAUUUUUAUUUCUAAAAUCUUCAUUUAUUGUAGUGACUACAAUGUGAUAUUAGACCAAUCAAUUUUUUAGAUGCGUUGAUCACAACACUUCAAUGCCUACUACAUAAAUCUUGUAAUCUUACAUUAAAGGUUCUUUUGAUUAAGAGAGAGAAAAAACUUCAACAGAACAAAAAU